AUGAAUGAUAUACCAAAGCCAAGAUCGUUGGAUGAAUACAUCAACAAGUUCAGAGAUAGCAGAGACACAAAGACAGUGCACACCUGUGAUAUAGUUCUUCAGAUUGGUCCAAAUAGCCCAUUAGUCAAGAGUUCCAGAGUAACUAUGACUGUGUGUGACACUGAAUACUUUGUACCAGCAAUGAUUGAGAAUGAAAAGGCUCAACUCUCUGAUUAUCCAUUGUUUGCUGUGGUCAGAUUGAAGAGAUUCUCUUUUACUGCCAAGGGAUACUUGGUGGUCAAAGAGAUGAACGUGAUCAAAAGUGCGCAGACCAUGUUCCCCGGUCCAAAGGGUAACCCGCCACAAUUGCAUCCAGUCGUCCAUUCCAUUAGCACGGGAGCCCCCCCUCCCGCCAACGGUGGAGUUGCUAGUCUAACACCCAACAAAGCAGCAUUGGCCAGCAACAAGAACAUUGUCAAUCAGCAAGCAAACCAACAACAGCAACAAUACAAGCAACAACAACAACAACAGCAACAACAACAAAACAAUGGCGAUGACAUGUCGUACAACAACAUCACCCCCAUUGAGAGUCUUGCCCCACAUUCACAAAACUGCACCAUCAAGGCUGUCGUCAGGAAGAAGAGUGAUAUCAAGACUUACAGCAAAGUCGGUAGUGCCGGCAAGAUCUUGAAUCUUGAAUUGAUCGAUGAUAGUGUCAAUUACAACGAGAUCAAGGCAACAAUCUUUGGAAAGAUUGACAAUGAAAUUUGUGAGAGAUUCAAUGAUAUGAUGCAGAUUGGCGGCACGUAUUUGAUCAGCAACUUCUCGUGCAAGCCCAAAGUGGCCCUGUACAACUCGCUCACCCAUCCAUGCGAGCUGAGCUUCUCCACCAACACCAAGGUGGAGCCAUGCAACCAGGCGAUGGUUGCCCACACCAAGUACUCAUUCAUGUCCAUUGAAGAACUGCAGACCUUUGACAUAAAGGACAAUAAGGAGGCGCCCACUGUCGACCUGAUUGGCUAUAUCGAGGAUGUGCAGCCCUUGGCCGACCUCACCACCAAGGACAACAGACCUCUGAGGAAGUUCACCUUCUCCAUUAGCGACUCGUCAAACAAGGGCAUCCAAGUGACAGCCUUUGGUGCCCAGGCUGAGAAGUUGAGCGCGGAUGUCCAGAACGGCAAUGUGAUCGCCAUCAAGGCGGCCAAGCUGUCGUCGUUCAACAACCUCUCGAUCAACUUCAACUUUAGCUCGAGCUACGAGGUCAAUCCCGCCCACCUCCCAGAGUGCUCCAACCUCGUGGCCUGGGUGAACGCCCGCGGUGCGGGUCAAAAGACCGAUUCGCUCUCGGUGUCGACGUACAGCGGCGCCACCACCGAGUCGAUCAGCUGCACAAUCAACGAUCUCACACAAAACACCCAAGAGACGAUCCACUACGAGACCGACAAAAUCAACUACAAGGUCGUUGGUUACUUCUCUCGCCCGAGCCAAAUUACUAUGACCGCCAUGCACCUCAUCAAGGAUACCCAAACACCGUCCUGGUUCUAUUGGGGUUGCAGGAAGUGCCAGAAGAAGGUAGAUGACUCUUUGGACGUCUGCACCCAUUGCAGCGAACCAAAGGUCAGGAAAUACAGAGUGCAGAUGCGUUUGACCGACGAAACGACCGCCACCUACGUCGACCUUCUCGGAAACGUCGCCAAGAACCUGUUCCAGAUCGACGCCGACGAUCUCUACAAGAUGGAGGAGAAUGACAGGCUCAAACACCUGUUCAACGUGCUCUCUGUGCCCUAUGUGGUCACACUCAAGGUUAUUCCGCCUGGCCAACAGACACAGACCGGUGGCCAAACGUCGACCUAUGUCAAGUACAGCGUCGCCCGCGUUGAGAAGGUUGACUUUAUGAAGAUGUUCCAGCCUACCUACCUCGAGAACCACUUCAUCAUGGCCACGCAACAACCAGCAGCAGCAGAGUAA